AAUAUGGCGGUAUCAUCACCCAGUUGACAUAGUUUAAAUUCAUUGCCGUCAGGGGUACUUGGAGACGACAGUUAAACCGACGUGUUUCUGCGUCUGAGUUUAGCUAGCCAACGUCGCCAUGACAUCGCCUACAAACGUUAUCGGGGAUUUCUAUUGGAUAAGCAGUUUCUGCUUAUCUUCAUACUGUGCUGUCUUUGUUAAUAUUCUCUUACGAUAGUCACUCACUCAUUUUGCCUGGACGCUGAGGGUGGAUGUAAACGACUACACAGAGCUAUGAAAACGGCGGGCUUCAAAAUGAGCUUAUUAGUUAUGUGGGCGUAAAAAUGUGAUAAUUAGUUAGCUUGACACUUUGUUUUUGAUGGAUUUUCGUUUCUUCCUCUUAUUCUUUUCGCGAGCAAAUGUAGCUUGCUAGCUAACGUUAGCCAGUAAGCUUAUUUUUAAUGUUUCCAGGUGACGAGCGACAAGACUCAGAUACGAUGGCAGACAGCGCUCGAGCUAAGAAUGAUCAUUCCAUAAUGGAAAGCCCACUCGUUAGCCCCUUGUUCGGGAGGGAAAAGCCUCCACAGUCCCCUGGCUCUCGCUCAAGGUACCAGGUCAGCGCACCCGGACACAGUUUUAGGAAAGUGACUCUCACCAAGCCAACGUUCUGCCACAACUGCAGUGAUUUCAUAUGGGGUCUUAACGGAUUCAUUUGUGAAGUGUGUAACUUUAUGUGCCAUGAAAAGUGCCUGAAGAUGGUGAGGACUGUGUGUUCAUGCAUGGCUCCAACACAGGUGCAGGUCCCUGUCGCCCAUUGCUUUGGUCCAGCAGGGCAGAAAAAGAGAUUCUGCUGUGUGUGUCGAAAGCAUCUGGAGGGAAACACUGCCGUUCGUUGUGAAGUUUGUGAGCUGCAUGCCCACUAUGACUGUGCUACGUUCAGUUGUGGCGACUGCCGUCUCUGUCACCAGGAUGGGAGUGAGGACUUUGCCAAGGAUACGUUCCCCCACCACUGGCGGGAGGGGAACAUUCCUUUAGGUGCACGCUGUGAGGUCUGCCGGCGCACCUGUAGCUCCUCAGACGUCCUGGCGGGGAUGCGGUGUCAGUGGUGUGGUAUUACGACACACGCUGCCUGUUAUCUCAUCGUGGCCCCAGAGUGCAGUCUGGGACGGCUACGCAACAUGCUUCUUCACCCUGCUUGUGUGCGAAUAUGCUCGAGGAACUUUAGCAAGAUGCACUGCUACCGCAUCUCUGAGAGCUACCAGAAUGAGCUGGAUAACUUGGAAGAUGCUGACAAACCUACAAAAGAGAGCCAGCUGGCAACCACACCAGAUUCAGGGAAGCAGGUUCUCAAGGUGUUUGAUGGGGAUGAUGCAGUCAAGCGUAGCCACUUCCGUUUGGUCUCCAUUCCUCGGAUAACCAAGAAUGUGGAAGUGGUGGAGUCAGCGUUGAGGGCCUUUUACAUCCCAGAUGACCACCUGGAAUAUGAGCUCCAAGACAACAGCCAGCAGGCUCUAGUCGAUGACGACGUCCUCAACCAUAACGGCACCCCCGAUAGCAAGGCCAUCUUUAAGGAGAAUGUGCCCGAGGCGUGGCUCCUAAGGGCCAAACCUCAGGAAACCGAGGUCCUCAAGAUCUAUGCCGGCUGGCUCAAGGUUAUUGUGGCAUACAUAUCCAUCUCCAAGAACAGCACUGUGGAUUCUGUCAUUAAGGAGGUCCUCACUCAACUGGGAAAACAGGAUGAAGACCCAUCAAGCUUCAAUAUUGUGGAGGUUUAUAUGGGCAGUAAGCAAGUUCAGAGACAAGUGCUGACAGGCCACGAGCUGCUGCUGGACAAACUGCAGGAGAUAAGGAAGAUCUCCCUGAGGCAGAUGAACCAGACCCGUUUCUACAUAGUGGAGAGCAGGAACAGGAUUGUGCAGGUCAACCUGCUGCUAGAGGGACUGCCUGUACAGCUGAGCAAGGAGGGAUAUGCAGACCUGCUACAGGAGCACUUAGCUAUCAAGAGUCACUUGGUCACCAUCACACAUGUUUACGGGAACCAAGGUGCAGUGGCGUUGCAGAUAUCGUGUUUCUCUGAGGCUGAGAGGAUCUACAUGUUAGCCAAAGACACGUCUGUCAGCAACCAGCAGCUCACCUCUCUUGUCCUACCAGAGAUCAUGCACAACAAGUUACCCAAAGGUGACUCUCCCCUACUGGUGUUUGUCAACCCCAAGAGCGGUGAGCUGAAGGGCAGAGAGCUCCUCUACGGUUUACGGAAGCUUCUGAACCCCCACCAAGUGUUUGACAUGACCAAUGGGGGACCAUUGUCUGGACUCCACACGUUUAGGGCGGUGCCCCGCUUCCGGGUGCUGGUGUGUGGGGGAGAUGGGACAGUGGGCUGGGUCCUGGGAGUCUUGGAGGCCAUCAGACACAAGCUGGUCUGUCCCGAGCCCCCCGUCGGCAUCGUCCCACUCGGCACAGGUAACGACCUGGCGCGGAUCCUGCGCUGGGGGGCGGGCUACAGCGGAGAGGACCCCCACCACAUCCUGGUAUCUGUGGACGAGGCGGAGGAGGUGCAGAUAGACCGUUGGACUAUUCUGCUGGAUGCACAGGAGAUCACAGAUGACGGCAAGGAGAACGGCUUCUUGGAACCACCAAAGAUAGUGCAGAUGAACAACUAUUUUGGGCUGGGCAUCGAUGCUGAAGUCAGUCUGGACUUCCACCAUGCCCGUCAAGAGGAACCUGGGAAGUUCAACAGCAGGUUUCACAACAAAGGUGUGUACCUGAAGGUGGGUCUGCAGAAGCUGAGUCACACACGGAACCUUCACAAGGUCCUCAAACUACAGGUGGACAAGCAAGACAUUGAACUGCCCAGCAUAGAAGGCCUCAUCUUCCUAAACAUCCCCAGCUGGGGCUCCGGGGCAGACCUGUGGGGAUCAGAGGGUGACUCGAGCUACGGGAAACCUCGCAUUGACGAUGGCAUGCUGGAGGUGGUGGGGGUGACUGGGGUGGUACACAUGGGCCAGGUGCAAAGUGGCAUGCGCUCUGGGAUCCGUCUCGCCCAGGGCAACUACGUGCGUAUCACAGCGACCAAGCCCAUCCCUGUGCAGGUGGAUGGAGAGCCCUGGAUCCAGGCCCCCGGACAUAUCAUCAUAUCUGCAGCAGGCCCAAAGGUGCGGAUGCUGAGGAAGUCCAAGCAGAAGAAGCAGUCAGCCCCUCUUUUAGGCUGGCAAUCUGAAAGCCCUUCGUCCAGCGAUGGGGGACAAUGAGGUCCCCCCCCCCCAACAUCUGCUCCUUGGUGUCUCCGUGAGAGCAUGAUGGUCUGUUGGCUGCUCUAAAUAGCUGUGGCCUGUGUGCCCAAUAGAUUCUCAGAUGGUUUGUGUAGUUAGCACUUAUAGCUCCUAGAGUGGUACAUUGGCAAAACAUUUAGCAGUCACUCCCAUUAUCAUCUUACUGCUUAUCAAUUUCACUGUUGUUGGGUUCGGUUUGCCCCUGUUAGGAUCCUUCAGAUUAGCUUCUUGUCUAAUUCGUUGGUUUAUUCUUUGUUUUACAGUCCAUCAGAGUUGUUAUGGCCUGGUAUUUUAUGAGCGACAUACAUGGUAACAAUUUUAUAGUGGUACUAUCUGGUACUUAUUAAAAAUGAUUCAAUAAUACAUUUUGAAACAAGUAGUAAGUACUAAGUAGAAUUUGGUACCAAGUAGUUACAAUGAAUCAAUAAGAUACCGAGAUGUACUAUAUAUAUAUAUAUAUAUAUAUAUAUAUAGUACAUCACACACAAACGUUUGUGGACACCCCUUCAAAUGAGUGGAUUUGGCUAUUUCAGCCACACCCAUUUCUGACAGGUGUAUAAAAUCGAGCACACCGCCAUGCAAUCUCCAUAGACAAACAUUGGCAGUAGAAUGGCCUUCCUGAAGAGCUCAGUGACUUUCAACGUGGCACCCUCAAAGGAUGCCACCUUUCCAACAAGUCAGUUUGUCAAAUUUCUGCCCUGCUAGAGGUUUUCCGGUCAACUGUAAGUGCUGUUAUUGUGAAGUGGAAACAUCUAGGAGCAACUGCUCAGCCGCGAACUGGUAGGCCACAGAACGGGACCGCCAGGUGCUGAGGUGUGUAGCUCGUAAAAAUCGUCUGUCCUCUGUUGCGACACUCACUACCGAGUUUCCGAACUGCCUCUGGAAGCAACGUCAGCACAAGAACUGUUCGUUGGGAGCUUCAUGAAAUGGGUUUCCAUCGCCAAGGAGCCUCACACAAGCCUAAGAUCACCAUGCGCAACGCCAAACGUCGGCUGGAGUGGAAACCCAUUGGACUCUGGAGCACUUGAACCAUGUUCUCUGGAGUGAUGAAUCACACUUCACUAUCAGGCAGUCCAACGGACUAAUCUGGGUAUGGCAGAUGCCAGGAGAACGCUACCUGCCCUAAUAAUGGUCUGGGGCUGUUUUUCAUGGUUCAGGCUAGCCCCCCAUGCACAAAGCGAGGUCCAUUUGUUGAGACAGGUGUGGAAGAACUUGACUGGCCUGCGCAGAGCCCUGACCUUUGGGAUGAAUUGGAAUGCUGACUGCGAGCCAGGCCUAAUCGCCCAACAUCAGUGCCUGACCUCACUAAUGUUCUUGUUGCUGAAUUGAAGCAUGUCCCCGCAGCAAUGUUCCAACAUCUAAUGGAAAGCCUAACAGAAGAGUGGAGGCUGUUAUAGCAGCAAAGCGGGGACCAACUCCGUAUUAAUGCCCAUGAUUUUGGAAUGAGAUGUUCGACGAGCAGGUGUCCACAUACCUUUGGUCAUGUAGUGUAUUUAUAAGAUGUAAUUACACUGCUUCCAUGUAAAAUCAAAGUUAAUACCAGACUGUAAAAUAAAGUGUAAUUGUCGCCUUUUCAAAGUUCAGACAUCGAGCUGCUUCAGAGUGUCCUCUGUGCCAAAUACUGGAUUAAAAUGUAAAAUAGUCCAGACACUUGUGCUUGGUUUUACAAAGUACUAAUGUAAAAAAAAAACUUGCUUAUCGCAAAAUUCAUACGAAAUUAGAUUAGAGGAAAAGAAAACUGACUAUACAUCUAAAACCACAGUGGCCAUUCAAUAACAAUUUUAUGAGGUUAAUGUGAGACAAUAUUUCACUUUUCAAGUGAAGGCUUACGACAGUCUGUACAGCCGCACACACAAACACACUCCCAUCUUAAUAUUCAGUCUGUAGCUAAGUACCUCAUAUUUUAGUACCUCAACCCUUCUCUGUAGCAGUUGCCCUCACUGCAGAAUGUGUUUACCAACACUUAAGGCCUCACAAAUGUAUUCCAAACAUAAGUAUCAUUGGGAGACGGGAAAGCUGAAAGCUGUAGGUAGGAAGUUUGAAAGGAAUCAUGACUUAAACGUUGCACUCCAUAUGUUGUCUUGUCUCUGUUGCUGCUCAUUUUUUAUAGUUGAUGGAAUGAAUGCAGGGAGGAGACCACUAGCCAAUCCUAAACAUGCAUUAUAAACUAGAGGCUUGUAUUGGAUUUCUCCAGUCAUUUAGUUGGCCUAGAGAUCAUGUUUCAUCCAUAGUAGAAAGUACGCCUGAGUACCUGUUCUCUUGUUGUCAGCACUUUGUCCACAUUCCUGAUGAUGUAUAAUUUACAAGAAAAUGCAAUCAUGAAAAGACUCCAUAAUAUGAAAGAUCUCUUCUUUUUUGUUCUUCUUUUUUUUUUUUUUUUACAUCCCAGGACAUGUGAUGUAGCUGGAACAGUAUUUGUGUGUUUUUUUAUUUUUUAUUGAAGUUGUAUAUAAGUUGACUCACUUUUGUGGCUUGGUGCUAGUGUGUAGCAAAACGUUUGAAUCUUUCACCCCAUUAGCAGCUUCCGGGCCCUAUUCAAUCAAAGCUGAUAAGCGGAUGUCAGGGUUGAGUCUGAAUCUGCAGUCCUUUAUAUACAGUGUGAAAGCUUUUGAAUUGACAUGCAGUUGAUGUUCUUGAUUUCAACUACAGGAAAUCAAAUAUGCAUUGACAGCUAGGCUUGAAUGAAUAGGGUCCUAGACUGUUGGGUCAUCAUGGCCAUUUAGACUUACUCACUAUGGUGAUUUCACCUGUGGUUCCUCAUCGGCCGUGUUCCAAUUCUCUCAAUGGCUUCCUUUUCUUGUCUCCUCUCCUUCCUGACCACUAGUAAAUGAAAGGAUUGGAUAGGUAUUCAUUAUAUACAGUACCAUACUUUCACCAUUCAAGUCAAGAGACUUAUGACAAGUUAAUGAACCCAUAUAAGACUGAGGGGACACAGCUUUUGUGUUGUGAAAUGCAUGUACUUUUAACACCAUGUGUACAGAAGUCACAUGGGUAAACAGAGUUUUUAUACUGUCCAUGUUUAUUCCAUUUAGAGGCAGAAAGUGUUUAUGCAUGUACAGUAUGUAGAGGUAAGUAUUGUGUUUCAGAUCAAUAUGUAUCUUUGGUAUCUGUCUUUGGUGUCAAUGGUCAGCUCUGUUCUGCAGUGCCCAUUGAAAAAGACAGUAUUUUAGAAUAAUUGCUGUGAGGCUGUAAUCACAACAUAACUCCAUCCCCAAAAGCAAUCCACACCAAUGAUGGCGAUAGUCCAAUAUGUUUGCCCCUUUAACCCGUUUCAUAAGACUGAAGAAUGUCCACACCAAGGGAUGAUAUGAAAAGACAUGGGAUAAGUGAUGACUGAUUGCUGGUAAAUGCAUCGAAACACAGUUUGAUCAGGGUUUUCAAUGUGUUUACCCACAAAAGUGCCAUUUUAAAAAUAUAUAUUUUUUUGAUUUCUCAAUUUUGCUGCGCUGAAAACUGCGUAACAGCGUUGAUGUCAAUGCCCAGGUACUAUUUUUUUGUGUGUUGAAUGUCGCUUUUGUGCGUCUCGUAGUAAGUUUACAGCUUCUGCGUAAAUUGUGCCUGUGCGAUGAACCUUCAGGCCAAAGUGGUGUCAUUAGGCCUAAACUCCACGUUGUGCCUCAUUCAAGUGCUUCUCGAACCUUGGUGGUAUUACCUGUGUGUCAAAAUGUUUAACAUGAUAUGUGGUCCACUCCUGCUGGUGCAGUGAUUUGAAUAUCUUAAUCUCUGCAUUUCUAGACCAUUUUGAGCUUAUGUGACUUAUGUUGUCAAUUCUGUAUUUUUAUUUUAUUUUCCUAAUAGAAGGUAUUUUGUUUUUUAAGUCUUUAACUGUAUAGUUUUAACUGUAAAUUGCACUAAAUGUAUUGUUUUACAGAUGCUUUUAGGUGAUAAGAUUGUUUACUGUUAUUUCAACAUUAUGUUCAAAAACUAAAAAUAUAUGAAAAGAUACUGUGUCCAUUUUUAAAAUAAAAUAAAUGGGACAUCUUAUGUAAUAUC